AAUCUUAAGCAUGGUCCACUUUCUAUUCAAUUGCGUUUACUCUGUGGUCACGUUAUUGACGUUGACAAUUCGUCGUUGACUUUUUAACCGAAAGUCACAGAAAGGGGGUGUUGCCGUUAAAUCAGAUCAAAUCUUUUCGAGAGUAAUCAGUAAUUAUAGAAUGGAUGCGUUUGGUGAUAAUUUUGUUGGCGAACCUGAAGUCGAUCCUGCGGCUGAAUUUCUGGCUCGUGAACAGGAUGAGCUGGCAGGACUAGAGGAUGAAAUUUCUACCGUCGGCAUCGCUGCGCAGGCUACCUCAGUUGCGGAUGAUGAUCUUGCUGGAAAUUUUGGGAACAUGAAAGUGGGUCCUGGGGGAGACGCUGAAGGCAGCUUUGAAAUGAUUAACACAAUUGGACAACCACCGAGUGAGCCACAAGCACCAGCAGUUCCUGAUUUCUUUGAAGACCCUCUAUCACUCGAUGAUGUGGCACCAGUUAUACAGCAAAUUAAGGAAGAGCCAGAGAAGAUAAAAAAGUGGAGAGAAGAACAAAAAACUCGUCUUGAACAAAAAGAUGCAGAAGAAGAAAAGAAAAAGGAAGAGUGGCGAGAAGCUGCAAAAAAAGAAUUGGAGGAGUGGUACAAGCAUCACACUGAGACUAUCAGCAAGACAAAGGCUACAAACAGGGAAUCUGCCAAAAACGCUGAGAAACAAUUUGUCGCCGAGGCAGACGAGGUCGAGCCAGGAACCGAAUGGGAACGCAUAGCAAAACUCUGCGACUUCAAUCCCAAGUCAUCUAGGACCUCCAAGGACGUUUCCAGGAUGCGAUCAAUAAUUCUUCAGUUAAAGCAAACUCCUCCCACUUCUAUUAACGCUUAAUGUGUUUAGUACCAAGGAUUUACUCUUGGGUAAAUCAUUAGAUAAUAUAAAUAUUAAUAAAAGUGUAUACAUAUGUAUUCCGUUAAAGAACGAAGAAUAUAAAACUGGAGGUUAUUGAGAAUAAAGUUUACCCUCAAAUACAAAACACGCAA